AUUGAGUUGUCGUAUUUACAAAAUAAUUAUUUUUAUUUUGUUCGUAACUCUGAUUGAGAUGGAGGUGUCGCUUAUUUUACUAAACCGUGUAAAUUAAAUUGGUGUUUCUAUAAUCUAAAAGUAAAUCUAUACUAUUGAGCUGGACCUACGUAUAAUAAAAGAAAUAACAGGAGACGAGUAGAAAUUUGAAGACAUUGUUACUAUUUAAAAUAUUAUUAAAAAAAAUGCUUGUAAGGCGCUUUGCGAGGUCUUUGUGGAAAGACAGUAUAAGAAUAGAGAGACGGUAUUUAGCUGAUACAACAAAACCUCAGCCUGAUGAAUCUGAAGGGGUUGAGCCAGUCCAGCUGGAUGCACUAGAUAAGGAUAUUUGCCUGCUGGUUGAUGAAAAGGAUAACUUUAUUGGAACAGCUACAAAACGGGAGUGUCAUAAAGUGGGUCCAGAUGGUAGUGUGCCUCUGCAUAGAGCUUUCAGUGUAUUUUUAUUUAACAAGAGGGGAGACAUGUUUCUGCAAAGAAGAUCGAGCCAAAAAGUAACAUAUCCAGAUUAUUAUACAAAUGCCUGUUGCAGCCAUCCCCUCUACAUAGACGGCAAAGCUGAAGACAUUGUAACAGCAGCAAUUCGCAGGCUGAACCAUGAACUGGGCAUACCGAAAGAUCAGAUGGAUCCGGAGAUGUUUACGUUCCUGACCCGCGUGCACUACCACGAUCCCGGAGACGGCGUGUGGGGCGAGCAUGAGAUAGACCACAUCCUGUUCUUCCAGAGCGAUGUCAAGGUCAAACCCAACUCCGACGAGAUAUCCGAGUACUGCUUCGUGCCCAAAGACGAGUUUAACGCUUAUCUUCCCACCCUGGAAGGACCUAUAACACCAUGGUUCAAUAUGAUACGCCGCCACCGACUUAAACUAUGGUGGAAUAACCUUCACCGAAUCAAGGAGCUCGCUGAACCUGACAAAAUUCAGAAGUUCUUGAACGAGAAAUAAUUCAUUGAGUUAUCUAACUGGUCUUAUAUCACUGUGAUGGCCGUUUUGGCGUCAUCUCUCCUUAAGCUUUUAAACUAUUUUUAUGGAACAAUUACUGUUUCUUUUGAUUCUAAGUGAACACAUUGUGUUACGACAUAAUUGAAAUUAGUCAAAGCGGCCACCAUAACGUGAUAAUAUAAUCGUUCAGUCAUUCACAUUACUUUCGCCGCCGUUUAUCUGUCCCACACACGCAUGAUCGCAUAUUUAAACUGAAAGAAUUUCUUACUAAUAUUGCCGCCAAAAAAUGGCGGAUUGAUAGUCUGCUUAUCUAUAACAUGUGUAUGUAAUAUCGUAGUAUUAUUUUAUGGUUUUAAAUCUUAAUUUCCUCGCAGGGGUGUAUGGUUUAGAUUGUAACUAGGGUUUCUCAUAAAAUUAAUUCUGAGUAGAGUCCCAUCAUUUCCUCGUUGUAACGAGAGGCGCAAAUUUUCUGUCUGACAAAUCGAUCCGAGCAUAGUUACUAAUGUCAAACACUAUUUGCCCGCGUUGACAGAAUUCUUUGUAGCGCUGGGCAUAAACGCAUAUUACUUUAUUGUUGUAUCUACUCUUUGUUUAUAAGAAAGACGACUAGAUAACGACGUAGAUAAUACAAUAACACAAUUAUAUUCAUCCAAGCACGAUAAACAAAUUAAUGCUACGGCCACACUACUUUCUGUCUACCGCUCUUACCGCAAUAAUCAUCGCUUUCGAAAGAAUGGCUCCCCGGAGCUAUUCUCCUGGGGCCUACUCCUAAAAUCGAUAUUCGAUAUAUCGUGGCAUUAGUCGUGUCGAAUCCUACUCUUAGUUACAUCGUAUAUUCAAUGUCGAAACGAUGAUUGAACGAACGAAACAUUUUUCGAUACUAUCGGUCCUAACCCUACUCUUAGUUGAAAAUGUCAGAUUCGAAUUCGACGAACAAUUAAACGUCACUUUUACGAUAAUCUCAACGACACCUUCAAGGCUGUCGUUUCUACUAUCGUUUCAAGUUGUAUAGAUAUAUUUGCCAUACAAUAUACACACUUAAUAAAUAAAAUUGAAAUAAUUAUAUGUGAUUUACUAUUCAACAGGUUUUUUUUUCUACCAAGUAAUUUCAAGUCAGUUCAAGUCAUUUUGUUGAUCGUUUAUGCGUCGAAAGUAAUGCAAAUGGCCGCCUUAGAAAUAGGAAGUUGACGAGAAGGGUUGAGUUACUUUUUUUUACAUUUAAUUAUCUGCAAGUUUUGUAUUAUUUAUUAAAUUUUAAGUGGUCAUAUUAUAUUCAUUACAUAAUUUUUGAAUAUUUAAAUUUUGUGUAAAUGAUACCAAAUUGGUGGUGCAGAGUCUGGCAUGGUCCUUAGCGUCUAAACUAUGUUUUGACUUUUGACACUUAACAGCGACUACGAUUUUUUAGACAUUAGUAUUAUGAAUUAUCACUAAUAUAUUAUAAGGCUGGUGGUGUUAACUUAACUUAAACUUCAACAUCAGCUUGCAGUGCUACGCUGUUAUUACUGGUGGACAUUUAUCACACAUUAAUUUUAAGUAAUCCUUGUAAGCAUUUUAGUUAGAUGCGACAAUUAUUAGGUUAUUUUUUGUUUGGCAAUAUAUAAGUUGAUGUAUCUUAUUCGUUAGUUAUACCAAAUGAUUUAAUUUAAAUAAUUAUAUUGUAUAUUAAUUCAUAUUUUGGUGCCUAAAUAAAAUAUAUUUAUGAAAAA